AUGCAACCAAAGCGCACGACUCUCCGGACGUCUCUUCAUAUCUAUCUAUCUAUCUAUCUAUCUAUCUAUCUAUCUAUCUAUCUAUGUUCAGAUCUAUCUAAUUUUCCCAGUCUCUUCAUAUCUAUCUAUCUAUCUAUCUAUCUAUCUAUCUAUCUAUCUAUCUAUCUAAGUUUGUUCAUUAUCUAUCUAUAUAUCUUUCCCAGUCUGUUCAUAUCUAUCUAUCUAUCUAUCUAUCUAUCUAUCUAUCUAUCUAUCUAUAUCUAUCUAGAGUUCUCUUCAUAUCUAUCUAUCUAUCUAUCUAUCUAUCUAUCUAUCUAUCUAUCUAUCUAUCUAAGAGUGUGUUCAGAUGUAUCUAAUUUUCCCAGUCUCUUCAUAUCUAUCUAUCUAUCUAUCUAUCUAUCUAUCUAUCUAUCUAUCUAUCUAUUUCAGUCUGUUCAUUAUCUAUCUAUAUAUCUGUCUCAGUCUGUUCAUAUCUAUCUAUCUAUCUAUCUAUCUAUCUAUCUAUCUAUCUAUCUAUCUAUCUAUCUAUCUCUGUCUCUUCAUAUCUAUCCAUGUGUCCUUGGGGACACAUGGCUCAUUAUCUAUCUAUCUAUCUAUCUCUAUCCUAAGUUUAUGAAUAAAGAUAUCUAUCCAUCUGGCCUGAUAGCAUUCGAUACACCAGUCAGCCUUCGUCUUAUUAAGACUGAUUAUGCAAAGUAUUUAUCCCUUCUGGAAAUCCAAAAACCUUUCUGGGAGCCCGGAACACAGUUUGGUUAUCACAUUUUCACGUGGGGAUACUAUGUCGAUGCCCUCAUAAUGAAAGCCGACCCUAAGAAGCGAACAUUGGACCAGAUUUUCAGAGAGGAGAUAGCAGAACCAUUUGGAAUUGACUUUUUCCAAGGUACUCCAACAGAGGAACAAUAUCGGAUUGUACCUCGUUUUUAUCACCAGCCUAUCCGGUACCAACUCCAACUUUUGUCUGAUAUGGGUUUUUGGAAUCGAAUUAUACACUCUCUCAUUGAUCCUAAACGCUAUCAAACAAUGGCAAAAAAGGCUUGUGCUGACUUUACGGUCAUAACUCAGUUGGACACAUUGACAGAUUAUGAACUCCGUCAAAUUCCCUGCUCAAGUUUUAACGGCCAUGGCACGGCGCGCGCGAUUGCUAAACUUUAUGGAAUUAUUGCCAAUGGCGGUGUUUAUGACAAUAAGACUCUCCUUGAGGAAUCAACUAUAAAGACCCUAAACCAGACAAUUGUAGAAGGAAAUGACGUGGUCCUAGGAGCUGAAUUAAAAUUUGGACAUGGAUUAAUUAUCAGUGAUACUCCAACAGGCAGCCGGACUUUUGGUCAUGCUGGUUUCGGUGGUCAGAUGGGUGCAGGUGAUCAACAACAUAAGGUUGGCAUAGCUUACCUGACAAACAACCUUGCGGUUUUUCCUUUUGUCGACCCGAGGUAUCUUGCACUGAGAGACGCUUUCUACGAGUGCUUGACCCAACUAGAAAACAGCAAAACUUCUGGGAAAUAA